GGAGAUUUCCGACAAGCAUCCGGAAUUCCAGGAGUUAUUCGCUCCCCGAACCAGGCAACGUCACUAGCUCUUGUUGUCAUACCCCGGAUGACAAAAAUCCCCAAGGGAGCUUCGUCCGUCUGAGCCCAGGUUUCUCCGGCUUAUUUUGAAACGUUGGGCGCGGUUAGUCUCCUCUUCGGUCGGCUCUGGCUGCCGGUAGUUAUGCGGAUGUUGACGCAAAUGAUGAACUAUCACUCUGCUCUCACCCUCAUCCAACUCGCCGUUUAUAUCUUGUGAAAUAUACUAACUGUUGCGUUCAAAUCAUUGUGCCUCUCGCAUCCCACUAUGAGCUGAUCGAUCUAACAGCAUUAUAUAUCCUCAUAUUACGCCAAGUUCGUGAGAAAUCAUGGCUACUAUCAAUGGGCAUUCCUCGAAGCUGAGCCGGCCGAUUGCCAUCGUGGGCAUGGCCUGCAGAUUUCCCGGAGGAGCAUCGAACCCCUCAAAACUCUGGGACCUUUGCGCUGCCGGUAAGGACGGCUGGUCACCUAUCCCAUCAGACCGCUUCGACGUAAAGUCACUGUAUGAUGCGAACUCAGAGGCGAUUGGCAGGAGCCAUGUGGUCGGCGGACACUUUCUGAAGGAAGAUGUGGCGCAAUUCGAUGCCGGCUUUUUCAACUUACCGACUGAUAUCGCGACUGCCAUGGACCCUCAGAUAAGACUCUUGCUUGAGAGCGUUUACGAAGCGACAGAGGAUGCUGGUGUGCCGCUCGAGACGCUGAUGGGGUCGAAUACUUCGGUAUUCGCGGGAUGCUUCGCAAGAGACUACCAGGGCAUCCAAACUAAAGACCCCGAGUUGAUAUCCGCGCCGUUUCUGUCGAGCAAUUGGACAACCAUGAUAGCAAACCGGAUAUCUCACUUUUACGAUUUGAGGGGCGCCAGCUUGACGAUCGACACCGCUUGUUCAUCAGCACUGGUAGCGCUUCACCAGGGAUGCCAGACAAUCCAUUCGGGAGAAUCAAACAUGUCGAUAAUUGGAGCAUCUAGCUUAAUGCUGAACCAGGACCUAUUCAUCUCCAUGACCGCCUUAGGAAUGCUCGCAACGGAUGGUAGAUGUUACGCCUGGGACACGCGAGCUCAGGGGUACGGGCGUGGAGAAGGCGUCGCGGCGCUGAUCCUGAAGUCGCUCGAUGCUGCCAUAAAAGAUGGGGAUCAUAUCCACGCCGUCGUUCGGGAAAGCGGCAUAAACCAAGAUGGAAAGACCACUACGAUAACGACGCCUUCUUUAACGGCCCAGGUCGACCUGAUACGUGAUUGCUAUGAGCGUGCUGGUCUUGAUCUCUCCGAAACCGCUUAUGUAGAAGCCCACAUGACAGGGACGAAAGCCGGCGAUACUAUCGAAGCUGAGGCCAUCGCUGACACAUUUGGCAAGAGUAGAAGGGAUGGUAAGGUAAUUGUUGGCUCAGUCAAGACUAACAUUGGCCAUACCGAGCCGGUGAGCGGCCUAGCCGCAAUCAUCAAAACGGCCUUCGCCUUCAAGCAUGGCCUCAUACCACCCAACCUCAACUACAAGGAAACGAAUCCGGAAAUCGACUUGGAUGGAUGGCACUUGCAGGUUCCGACCCACCUCACCAAGUGGCCGCAGGGGAUGCCUUUCCGAGCUUCAAUUAACAACUUCGGUUACGGCGGGACCAAUGCUCAUGUCAUCCUCGAGGGAUGGCCUCCGGCGCGCCCUCAUAUGAAUGGGACCGGCGGGGCUAACGGAGUGAAGGGACUCAACGGCCACAAUUAUCACAAAAAUGGAUCAAAGGUUUCCGAAAGCCAACGGAUUUACGUUAUUAGCGCCAAAGAUGCCCGUUCGUGUAAAGAGAGUAUGAGAAACUUGGCCGUGUACCUCCGUCAAUCCCUCGAACAUGGUCGCGGGUUAUCCGCUCGUGACUUGGCCUACACGCUAUCCGAGCGUCGCUCGCGUCUUCCCUGGGCGGUUGCGGUCAGAGCUAGCAGCUUGGAAGAGCUGGCUGAGCGCCUUGAGAAGCCAACGUUCGUGCCGUCGCAAGCGGCGAGGCGUCCUCGCCUGGGAUUCGUCUUCAAUGGACAAGGAGCUCAGUGGUAUGCGAUGGGACGCGAGCUUAUCUCUACCUACCCAGUCUUUGCCGCGUCAAUCCAUAAGGCGGCUAAUACCUUCUACGACUAUGGCGCUACAUGGUCUCUUUACGAUGAGCUCAUGCGUGAUGAGAAGUCCACCCGUGUGGCAGAGAUCAAUCUUUCUCAACCCAUAAGUGUCGCGCUUCAGCUUUGCUUAGUGGACCUCCUCAAAUCGUGGGGGGUCACUCCCUCAGCGGUCACUAGUCAUUCGAGCGGCGAGAUCGCUGCUGCAUAUGCCGUCGAUGCGUUGUCCUUUGAGGAGGCCCUUGGUGCGGUCUAUUUCCGCGGAGAACUCGCCCUCAAGUACCAGAAAAAGUCCUCGCUCGCUGGGGGAAUGCUUGCAGCUGGAGUCGGUCUGGAUAAAGCGGAACAGUACUUGAAAGCCACAACUGCGGGCGGAUGUGUUGUGGUUGCCUGUAUUAACAGCCCGGAUAGUGUCACGCUGUCUGGAGACCUGCCAGACCUCGACGAGGUGGCGUCUCGACUGGAGAACGACGGGCUCUUUGCUAGGAGGCUCAAGGUCCCCCUGGCUUACCACUCUCACCACAUGUUACCCAUGGCCCAGGAAUAUGUCGAUAGGCUGCGCUCCGUUAUAUCUCGGUCUCCAAACUGCGAUAGUAGUGUUGUCUUUGCAUCUCCUGUAACGGGAGGAGUUAUUACACUCGAUACUCUGACCCCAGAACAUUGGGCUCUUAAUCUUUUGAGGCCCGUCCGCUUUAGCGAGGCUUUCGAAAGCAUGUACAGUUCUGAUGCUAACGUGGAUACUGUUGUGGAAGUUGGAGCACACAGCACCCUAGCAGGCCCGAUACGGCAGAUACUCAACGGCAGAAAGGUUGGAUAUGUCUCGUGUCUCAAGCGAUCGACCAAUGCCAUCGAUACUAUGCAGGAUCUCGCAUGCGAGCUACUGGCGAGAGGAUAUCCGGUAAACUUAAAGAGCGUGAACGCACCACUUGGCGGGGAAGUUCACUUCACUCCCGACCUGCCGACGUACCCAUGGAACCAUGGCACACGAUACUGGAUGGAACCGCGAACAAGUAGGGAGACACGAUUUAAGAAAUACCCCCCGCAUGAACUUCUCGGCGUUCCCAUCUCAGGUACGACCGGACUGACUCCUAUCUGGAGAAACUUCCUACGCAUUUCGGACCUGCCGUGGCUAGUUGAUCACCAGGUUGACUCGAGUGUCAUUUUCCCUGGAGCUGGCUACAUAAUCAUGGCGAUAGAGGCCGUGCGGCUUGUCACGGAUACGUCGUCACCAAGCAGUGGAUACCGCUUGAGAGACGUCAAUUUUAUCAAGGCCCUGGCUAUCCCAGAGUCCUCGACCGGCGUGGAAACACAUACUCGGCUCCACCCCUGUAGUGAGACUGAACUAGACCACAGAGGCUGGUAUGAGUUUGAGGUUGGCUCAGUAGAUGCCGGCGGCUCUUGGAUUAAGAACUGUCAUGGGUUCGUGUCGGUUGAGCCGUACGUCAUCAACAAAUCCCCGCUGUAUCGUGAGGCGGAUAUCCCCAGAGAAGACGCGUUCUUAGAGCCGGGGGCAAAGAUACGAGAGAUGAACUCAGCGUCUCUUUAUACUAUGCUGAGGGGGAUGAAACUCGAAUACGGGCCGGAAUUCCGAAACGUACAGAAUGUUCGCGUGGUGGGCAAUAAGACGAUAUCAAAUAUAUCCAUACCAGAGGUAGCCUCAGGAAAGUCGAACUACAUCAUCCAUCCCACGACAUUAGAUGCAAUAAUUCAAACCUCGCUCCUAGGACUACCGAAAGAGUCGACACACGGCUACAUGUUUCUCCCUAAAAAAAUCGGUUCAAUAUUUGUACCAGACAGCGGACUUAGCGGAGAGGCUGGAAGCAGGCUGAAAGCAUUCAUGGAGAUACGACACUCAGACAUUCGUGGGCUUUUGUCUAACAUUGCUGUCUCUAGCGCCGACAGCUUGAUUUCAUCUUCGUCAUCAUUCCUCCGAAUGGAUGACUUUCACUACCAAGGGGUCGUAAUUGAUCUGGAUGAUGCAACUGACCAACCAGAAUUCCCCAUCCGCUCCCAGACCCGUUGGGAGAUAGAUAUACAACAUCGAAUACCGGCAUCCGUCAAAGAGUCCAUGAAAAUCCCCUUGAGCGAUCACGAAGCAGACUUCGAGAACAAGCUUCUACGGUCAGCAUACCACUUCAUAUACGACACUGUGACCGAGCUCCAGAACGAGGACAGGAACAAAUGGGCUCCUCAUCACAAGAUUCUCUACGACUGGAUGGUACACAUUGUCUCCCUCGGGACUAGUGGGUCUUUGAGUCCGGGAUCCAAAGCUUGGUCUAAGACUUCUAAAGGCAUGAAGAAGAUGCUUAAUGAUGAGCUCAGUGCCGAAUACACCAGCGGUAAGCUUGUGGUCAGGGUUGGCCGGCAGCUAGCGAGCAUAAUCAGAGGAGAAAUUCCGCCGCUUGAGAUGAUGAUGGAGGGGAACCUCCUGAACCAGUAUUACAUGGAGCAGCCCCGACUGCGGGAUCGUACAUAUCGUCACUUGAGUCAGGUGGUGGAACUUUUCGCCGUUAAGAACCCCGGGGCCAAGGUCCUAGAAAUAGGCGCAGGUACGGGUGGCGCGACAAAAACUGUUCUCGAGGCCUUUGGUUCUCGUGGAGAUGGCUCAGGGUCCUUGCUUGAUCGUUAUACGUUCACCGACAUCUCCGCAGGCUUCUUUGAGGCCGCUAAGCAGAAGCUGGCUGCGUGGGAGGGAAUUUUGGACUUCGCCAAGCUCGAUAUCGAAUCAGAUCCUGCCGAGCAGGCAUUUGUCCCUGGCAGCUAUGAUCUUAUUGUAGCUUCUAUGGUCCUCCAUGCGACGAAGAGCCUAUACAAGACCAUGAGCCAUGUCCGAAAGCUCCUAAAACCCGGGGGGAAACUCUUGCUCAUCGAGACGACGCAAGAACAGCUUGGUGUGCAGCUAAUAUUCGGCACGCUCCCUGGAUGGUGGCUGGGCGAGGAGCCUUACCGACGAUACAGCCCAAAUGCGCCCCUAACAAUCUGGAAUGAGGUGUUAAGGGAGGCAGGGUUCUCAGGAAUCGAUUUCGACAUUGGAGACUUUGAUGAAAGCCGGUUCCAGAGUUUUAGCGUCAUAAUGACGACCGCUGCGGCGACACCAUCAUACCCAUCGCUGAUUUCCGUUUUGUAUACCGAUCAAGAUUCGAAAUCAUGGGCAGCCCAGCUUUCGGGGGCGAUUCGAGAACAUACAGGCAUCGUGCCUUCGGUGGAGAGCCUAAGCCAGGUGAAAUCGGUUCAAGAUAAGGUCUGCAUAUUCACAGCCGAGAUGAACGGGCCAUUCUUAGACGGAAUCGGCAGGGAUUCGUUCGAAAACUUACAGAGCAUUCUUACCAACUGUCGAGGAGUCUUCUGGCUAAGCUGCGGUGGUAUUAUAGAUUCCCACAACCCGGCCUAUGGGCCGUUGCAAGGCUUGUUACGGACUCUUCGUCAAGAAUAUUUAGCCAACAGAUACGUCGCACUUGACUUUGAGAGCUACGGCGAUAGAUGGUCAGAAGACAAGAUCCCGUUCGUUCUCCAUGUGCUGAGGGAGUCGUUUGAUUACAGCAGGGAACUUGGCAAUAUAGAGUGGGAAUACGCGGUGAAGGACUCGACACUUCACGUUUCGCGAAUUUACGCAGAGAAGGACAAUGUCUUCAAUGGCGUGGGCCUAGAACCUCAGCGCCAGCCCUUCCACCAACCCGGGCACCCCCUCGUGUGGACGACGUCAAGCAAGGGUACGUUGAGAAAUGUCUGCUUCACGGAAGCGGAUGAGAUUUCCGGCGAUGUUCCAGCCGGGAUGGUGGAAAUAGAGGCAAAAGCCUUUGGACUCAACUUCCGAGAUGUCAUGACCGCGCUGGGCCAACUAGACGACACACUAACAGGACACGACUGCGCCGGGAUUGUGACCCGGCUGGGACCGGGUACGGAACAAAGUGGCCUGAGGGUUGGCGAUAGGGUUUGUGCGCUAUCCAAGGGGCGAUUCGCCAGUACGAGCUGGGCUUACUGGACAGGCGUCGCAAAGAUCCCGGACUUCAUUUCUUGGGAAGACGGGGCUGCGAUCCCGGUUGCGUAUGCGACCGCUUAUCACUCCCUCGUACACGUUGGGAGACUUCGAAAAGGCGAGUCUGUUCUCAUCCAUGCCGCCGCUGGGGGCACCGGGCAAGCGGCUGUUGUUGUAGCUCAGCACGUCGGGGCCAAGGUGUUCGUCACCUGUAGCUCCGAGGAGAAAAGAGAUUUACUCUAUGAAAACUACGGCAUCGACUAUGCAGAUAUCUUCUCGAGCAGAGACAUAAGCUUUGCGGCAGCCAUACGGAAGGCGACGGGAGGAAAGGGCGUUGACGUGGUUCUCAACUCACUCUCUGGAUCUAUGCUUAACGCUACCUGGUCCUCCGUUGCGCGGUUUGGUCGCUUCGUUGAGAUUGGCAAGGUUGAUAUCGAGGCUGCCAGGAGUCUUAAUACAGCACCCUUUGGUCGAUGUGCGUCGUAUUCGGGCGUCGAUUUAUUGCAACUUAACGAGUAUAGCGGCGCACUCACUCACUCGGCACUUACGGAGGGCGUCCAAAUCUGCCAAGAGAGGAUGAAAGCCCGAGACAGCCAUCCUAUGCACCCAAUCGAGCGAUAUUCCAUAUCCAACAUGGAAAAUGCGAUGCGGCAGAUACAGAGCGGGUUGAACGUCGGCAAGCUGGUGCUGGUUCCGCGCGAAGGAGACCAAGUCAACGUUAUUCCUCGUCCAAUCCCUCUGUCGUUCGCGAACCCAGACGCGACUUAUCUCAUUGCAGGUGGCCUGGGAGGAAUUGGGCGGGAAAUCUCAUUAUGGAUGGCAGAGAACGGAGCGAAGAACAUCGUUCUCGUGUCGCGGAACGCCGAGUCACAUCCCGAAGCUGCGCAACUCGUUUCGGCGGCAAAAAAGGAGGGCUGCAGAAUCCAUAUACGGAACUGCGACGUCUCGGACGAGGAGAGUCUUCUCAGUCUCCUCGCAUACUGCUCGUUUAUGUCACUACCGCCAUUCAAAGGUGUCAUUAACGGGGCGAUGGUCCUCGCUGACUCGAUUUUCGAACGCAUGACAUUUGAACAAUGGCAGCUUGCCAUACAGACAAAGGUUCGCAGCAGCAUCAACCUACAUAAUCAUCUACCGAGCCUGUCGUUCUUCGUCAUGCUUUCUUCUGUGGCCGGCGUGAUGGGCAACGUAUCACAAGCCAACUAUGCCGCCGGAAACACCUUCGAGGAUAUCCUGGCGCGUCACCGCGCCGCGUCCGGCCAGCCAGCCACGAGCAUCGACCUGAGCGCCGUAACAGACGCCGGCUACGUGGCCGCCCAUAGUUCCGGCAAUAGCGUCCAGGCCCGCGUCGAGUCCCUAGGGAGUAUCUCGUGUGACAUGGACACGAUACUGCGCAUCAUUGGGGACGCAGUAACGCAGCGUGUCUCGCCAGCCCGGCCGGAUGGUGCUCAGAUCAUCGUUGGCCUCAUGCCUUGGGAGCGGAUGCCGGAGAGCGCCUUCAUCCGAAUGGAUCCGCGUUUCGGUACCUUACGCCUGGCCAGCCCUCGGGGCUCCGCCACGUCCGCGUCAGCGGCAGAAACAGAAGCGGCCGCUACCAGCCCGACGAGGAUGUUGAUGCGGGGCCUUGAGGCAGCAGAGGGGACAGCGGUUGUGUCAGCCCUCGCGGAGCGGCUCGCGGGCAUCUUCAGCAUCUCGGCUGAGCACCUGGACCCGGGCACAUCAAUGGCCUCGCACGGCGUCGAUUCGCUCGUUGCGGUCGAGCUGCGCAACUGGCUCGCCACCGUGGCCAAGGCCAAGGUGUCCACCUUCGAGAUCCUUCAGAGCGCUUCGAUAAGUGAUUUUGCCGGGCUCAUCCUAGAGAGAAGCCAGCUAGGGAAGAAGGACUGAGAUAGAUGACAUACGGAUGCAUGGGAAGACUAGUUUGAUUGGAUUUCCUCUGCGGCACUGGUCUGGUUUAGAAAGCUUUUCUCUUUCGAUGAUUUGUUACG